UCUCAGGGGCCUCUGGAGGUGCUUGGGCACCAGAGUAGCCCCCACCACCCUCAGCGCAGGGGCUGAAGAGAGGGGCGGGGAGAGGGAGGGACAGGGAGGGAGACCUAAGGGCCAGUCCUCGCCCGCCCUGGGCCGCGAGGGAGGGUCAGGAGUGGAACCGAGCAGGACACCAAAGUGACAAAUGCCCCAGCAUCUUCAGUGGCUACUCGGUGGUCUUGACUUGACCCCACUCAUUCGGGUUUCCUUACUUGAAUAAGGACGAAAGUGCCCCUGGGGUGGGGGAAGGUCUCCGCGGAGGGCUUGGCACUUAGUAGGUCGCCAAACGCCUUCUUUUGGGCUCUGCACAGGAAGGGGCGAGGGGUGGCUGUCGCUGGCCUCCGGUGGAGCGACGCCCUCCGAGUCCAAAGGUCUAUCUUAGAGGAGAACCCUGCAGAGAGACUCUCGGGCCACCCUAGCCUUGCGCCCGCAGGUGGACCUGCCCGGGACGCUGUCCCCUCCCCCGGGGUGUGUCGCCUCCCGGGCGGAGGUUCUAUUUGAAGGCGCAGCGGCUGGCCCGGGAGCACCAACAGGGAACAGCAUGGCCGCCCGCGACCCGCCGCCCGCCACCAGCUACGCGCCGCCCGCAGUGCCCUCGGGGGUCCGCCUGCUGCUCACCAUCCCCUUCGCCUUCUUCUUGCCGGAGCUGGUAUUCGGGUUCUGGGUCUGGGUCCUGGUAGCUGCCACCCAGGUAGCAACCCCGUUGCUGCAGGGAUGGGUGAUGUACGUCUCCCUGACCUCCUUCCUCAUCUCGCUGAUGUUCUUUUUGUCUUACUUGCUUGGAUUUUACAACAGAUUUGAAUCCUGGAGAGUGCUGGACAGCCUAUACCAUGGGACCACUGCCAUCCUGUACAUGAGCGCUGCCGUCCUGCAAGCCCACGAGACAAUCAUGUCCGAGUCCAAGAGUGUGAAAAACUACUACAUCAACACUGCAGCCUCGUUCUUUGCCUUCAUCACCACCCUGCUCUACAUUCUCCAUGCCUUCAGCAUCUAUUACCACUGAAGGGUCCAGCAGUGCCCAGAGAGAAACACACCCCGAAGCCCAGGUGCCUGACCCCCGAAGCAAGCUUCAGCACUUGCCACGUGGAGGGUGUGCAUCGACCACCAAGCAUCUGCGGUAUUAACAGGCCGUCCUCUGUGAUGAGCACCAAGACCCUGCCGCACGCUUCCCUGAAUGUUUUCCCCAUGAUGAUAGGAGAAAGUGGACUAUGUUCUGACCACGAGCCCAGCCCUUCUAGAAAAUUAACUUGGAAGCCCUCGUUGCUGAGACACCCAGCUCCACUGCUGCCAUACCUGUUGGGGACUCUGCCUCAGCGAUGAGGUGCCCAUAGCCUUGGGCAUAUUUAGUCUUAUUUUCUUAAAAUCAGAAAGGCCCUUGGAGGUGUCUCAGAUCAAAGGCCUGUGCACAGGUCUGCUCCUCCUCUCAGGUUUCUGCCCUAGUACAUGUUCCAGCCCUUGCUCCCCUCCUGCCUGAGACAAGGGCUCCCAUUUCACCUCUUUUUCCUCCACCCACCAGCAUUGGGAGUCAAGGAAAAAAUGGCUUAGAACCAACUUAGAGGGGAGGUUCAUGGGGGGGGGGAAUGAGCGAUUGGCUGUACAAAAUCAUUGUACAGUAAGACCUGUGGACAAAGGGUAAGGACAAGAUUGGGGGCCUCGGCCUGUUGAUCCCCAAUCCUAACCCUCAGAGGCCGGCCCAGCUCAAUGCACCUGCUCCAGGCCACCAAGACCUACUUGCUGAGGGCCAGAAGCCACCUUGUCCCUCAGAGGAGACCCUCACUGAAGGAAGGGGGAUGUCACAGCCACGGAUUCCCCUCUGGGUUCCUGUCAGAAGCAUGGGGCAACUACUCCAUCAUCUCAGGGGUAGUGACAGGGCCUCUUCCCAGGGGUCUUUCAUGUGCAUCCACCCCCCCAUGGUCCCCUCUAAGUGAGGCCAGGCCCUCACAGGGCUGCCAAGACCCCUACCUAGAAAGGCAUUUGCUUUUGGGGGACUAUUUCCCAAGAAGAGGCUGGCGUAGCACACAGAAAUGCCAAAUCAAGGUGCUUGGUUUCAAAGGAAAUGUCUCCCCAAAGAAAGCUGUGCUCUCUGGCACUUCCCCACCCAGGCAAGGGUCUCAUGGGCCUCAGGACAGGGUCUCCUGAUGCAGUGGGGGAGGGGAUACUGCUUGAAACUGCCUGUGCCUGCUGUCACUUGGAAAUGGAAUAUUUACAUGAAAGGGACUUGUCGUACUGAUGGUAGAGCUUGCUGUUUUUGUAGCACCUUUUUUCCAUCCUUGGGGGAUAUGGAACUCACCCAAGGAAAACCUCCAGCUUCAUCACUGUUCACUGCUGCUUGCAGGUUGCCCUGAUAGCCCUAAAAGCCCCUGUCCACCGUUCCUCUGUACCUGGCUCCUGUCUGGGAUGGACACUGUUCAAUAUUUACUGAGUGGCCCCAGGGAAAUAAAACCUGUUUGUAUGG